AUGAAGAAUGUGAAGAUAAUAACAGNUUUUAGAGAUGAUAGUGCUGGAUGGGCCUUAGUUUCCUUAACAGUCUCUUCUGGAUAUUGCCCAUAAAAUUGUAAGGAGUGUGAAGUAUCAUUUUAGUGUAAAACUUGCGUAGGCUCUUUAUUAAAAUAUAGAGAUGGUAGUUGCAUUCACAAUUGUGACAAACCAUACUAAACAUCAAAUGUCACCCAUUGUACAGAUUUCGACGAUGAAACCCCAUGUAUAUUAAUUUACAUAUAUAAAUAGAUUCAAAAUUUUUGGUCUCAGAAUAUAUUGAUUAUGCAAAUGAUCUAACUUAAAGAAAUUAGUAUACUUUACUUUCAGCAUCUUCAUAAUCUAAUGUAAAUUUCUUAAAGGGUGCUGACAUCCUUUAUUCAUAUUGGAAAACUUAUAGAGUUUUUGGUGGUCCUUAUGUUUGGGCUUAGGCUAAAUUUUAGAGAGUGCACUAAAUACAAGAUCCUCAUCAUAGUAUUACUAUAGGGUUCGAAAUCUUAUUUGGUCCAAACUUUCCUUAAAGUGGAUCAUUUAUUUACACUAUCGAAUCAAAUCCUAGUGCUAUUAAUAUUAAUAUGGUCUCAAACCCAAAUGAUGAUGGAACAAAAACCUAUAGAGUUUAUUAAAAAAUUAUCCAUAAUAGUAAUUCGUUAAAUAUGUGUUGGGAAUGUUUUGGUAUUGAUAAUGAACCUGUUACAUCAUAUUGUGCAUUUCUUAAUUAUUACAUCGCUGUUCAUUAAUGUUAGCCAUUUUGUUUAUAAUGCACAGAUCAAUAUACUUGUACCUUAUGGAAUAGUACAUACAAUGCAAAUAUUAUAAAAUUCUCAUAAUCUGAAUGCUUAGGUAAUUUAUAUUACAGUAGAAAUGAAGUAAAAUGUUUGACUUGCCCUUCAUCUUGUACUUCUUGUACUUCUCCUAUUGAUUGUUAAGGUUGUUCAGCUACUUAUACUUUAACUAAAUUAGGUUGUGUCUGUAAAAAAAAUCAAUAUGAGGAUUUAAAUUAAUGUCAUGAUUGCCCUACUUUAUGUACAUAAUGUUUAAAUACAAAUUAUUGUAUAGAAUGCUUUCUUACUGAUUUUAGAGAGCAAGUUAAUGGAUAAUGUGUCUGUAUGUAGGGAUAUUACCCAUAAAUGAGCAAUUCAAUAUGUUUAUAAUGCCAUAUAUUCUGUAAAACAUGUACUGGCCCAUCUUAUACAGAUUGUUUAAUUUGUAAUGACAUAUCUGAUAUCGAACAUAAUGGCAAUACUUGCAAAUGUCCAGAUAAAAAAUUUUAUGAAGAAUUUUCUAAUUCUUGCAUUAAUUGUCAUUCAACAUGUUUAACUUGUUUUACAAAUAAUAUGAAUGGAUGCUUAACUUGUGAUGAAACUUAAAACAGAGUUCUUAAAGGAUUAAAAUGUGAAUGUUCCCCUGGUUACUAUGAGAAUGCUAAUUUUUGUUAGAGUAUGUUACAUCACUAUUUAUUAGGUUGUCCUGUGAGUGAAGAUACCUCUUUGACAUAGUGUUAUGUUUCAUGUGCUAGUAAUCUAUUGAUUUGGCAUUUUCCAGGAUGUGCAUUCUGUGAUAUAGGUUUUCAAUUAGUUAAUAGAGAAUGUUAACCUAUUUGUGGUGAUUCAUAAAUAUUAGGAAAUGAAGAAUGUGAAGAUAAUAACAGAGCUUAAAAUGAUAAAUGUUUCAAUUGUAGAUUUCAAUGUCCAGCACAUUGUUUAACUUGUAAUAUAGAUACUACACUUCCUUGUUCAGAUGUAUGUGGAGAUAGAUUAGUUACUGGACAAGAAGAAUGUGAAGAUGGUAAUGAUAUAUAGUUCGAUGGAUGCUAUGAUUGCAAAUUUUAAUGCCAAGAUUCUUGUACAAAAUGUUUAAUGGGUAUUUGUUAAGAAUGUGCUGGAGGGUGGUAAAUAGAUCCAUUAACAUGGAAAUGUAAGGAGAAAUGUGGCGAUUUAAUGGUAGUAGGAAAAGAAUAGUGUGAAGACGCCAAUUAAUCAGAUACUGAUGGAUGCAAGGAGUGUAGAUAUUUUUGUCGGAUUGGUUGUUUAUAAUGCAAUUAUGACACAGGUAUUUGUCUAGCUUGUGAAUUCCCAGGAUUUGUUCCAAAUUAAUAUUUUUGUUAAAAUGAUUGUGGGGAUGGUUUAGUAGUAGUAGAUCCUUAUGGAUUCUCUGCAGAAGUUUGCGAUGAUUUAGGUUGCAAUUCUGAUUGUAAAUCCUGUAAAUAAGGAUACUUACUUAUUAAUAGUAUUUGUGAACCUAUUUGUUAUGAUUCCUUAUUGGUUGAAAAAGAAAUGUGUGAAGAUAGUUUUAUUUUGCCAUACAGAGGAUGUUAGAAUUGCAAAAUAAAGUGUUAAUUGUCUUGUUUAGUAUGUGAUACAACAGGAAAAGGUUGUUUGUAAUGUGAUAUUGGUUAUGAAAUCUUUGAUUAUAUUUGUUAUUCUAUUUGUGGAGAUAAGAUUAUAACUAUUGAUGAGGAAUGUGAUGAUGGUAAUUUAAUAAUUGGAGAUGGAUGUCAUUUUUGUUAAUAUAGUUGUUAAGAUUCAUGUUUAGAUUGCAUUAAAGGAAAAUGUUUAAAUUGUUUAGAUAAUUAUGAAUUAGUUUUAUCUGCUUGUUAAUUGAAAUGUGAAAACUAAAUUGAAAUUCCUUAAGAAUAAUGUGAUUACAUAAUAUUCAGCAAUGAUGGAUGCUAUUAAUGUUUUCAAUGUUCAGAAAAUUGUGAGAUUUGUCAAAAUGGAAUUUGCACUUUAUGUUAAACUAAUUUUGAACUUGAUAAUAUAUAUAAUCAUUGCAUUCCCAUCAAAAAAACUAAAUUUGAUUUAGAAAUAAAUUGUGUAUAGAUGAAAGAUAAUCAAUGUCUAACUUAAAAUUAAGAAUUCAUAAAUUUUAUAACAAAUCCAGAUUUAGAAUUUGAUAGAUGUCCUUAAAAUUGUAAAAUCUGCCAAUUUAAUAAUUGUAUGGAAUGCAAAUAAGGUUAUUAUGGAUAAAAGUGUAUAUCUAAAUGUGGAGAUAAUAUUAUUACAUCUCAAGAAGAAUGUGAUGAAGGAAAAGGUCGUCUACUUAAUCAAUGUUCAAAUUGUAAAUUAGUAUGUCCUGAUUUCUGUAAACUAUGCGUUUUUGGUAUUUGUUAAGAAUGUUAAUCUGGAUUUUAUUUAGAUAUAGUGAGCAAUACUUGUUAUUCUAUUUGUGGAGAUAAUAUUUUAGCAUUCAAUGAGGUUUGUGAUGAUGGAAAUGAUAUAGAGUACGAUGGAUGCUUCUAAUGCUAAUAUUAAUGUGAAAUUGAAUGUGCUGAUUGUUAAUUUGCAUAAUGUGUUCAAUGUUUAGAACCAUUUUUCUUAGUCUAAUCCAAAUUAAAAUGUGAAUCUCAACAAUCUUGUGAAGCUUAAGAUGGCUUCUAUUAUGAGAGUUUCUCUAAUAGUUGUGUUAACUUAUGCGGAGAUGGUAUAGUAGCUGGUAAUGAAGAAUGUGAUGACUCUAAUAUGAUUCCAUAUGAUGGUUGCAAUGAAUGUAAAUUUCAAUGUAGUGAACUAUGUACGCUUUGUGAUAAAGGAGUUUGCCUUAAUGAAUCAUGUCCCUUAGGGACUAUCUUAAUUAAUAAUUCUUGUUGUGGUGAUUCUAUAUUAAAUGGUGAUGAAGAAUGCGAUGAUGGAAAUAAUAUAGAUUUUGAUGGAUGUUCAAACUGUUAAUAUUAAUGUAAUUAAUUUUGUGAUGUUUGUUUGAAAGGCGUAUGUGUAGAAUGCAUUUAAGGAUUUGAAUUAGAUAAUGAGAAAUGUGUUGAAGAUGAAGAUUAUAAUAAACAAACAGAAAGUCAAAAACCUAAUAACUUAAAUUAGAACCAAAAUGAGGUUUGCCGUCAUGAUGAAUGUGCAUUUUCUCUCAGACCUAGAAUGAGAUUAUUAUUUUUAAAUUAAACUUUCUCACAUUAAUACGUUGAGAUUAACUUUGAUUAGUAAGUUCAAUUUACAGAAUCACCUGAUGAAGAAUAGUCUUAGACUUUCGAAAUAUUAAUUUAAGAUUUAAAAGAAUAAUAUUAUAAUAUACAGCUUUAUACAAUCGUAGGUAUCACUUUAGAUUUAUAAGUUGUAUAAUAUAUUAUUGAUAUAGAAAUAUUUUAGGAACUUUAAGAGAAACCUAAUUUAUAAGUUUUUUUGAUUUAGAAUGUUGUUAAUUCCAAUAAUCAAACUAUUAUUUAACCAUAGCAAUCUAUACUCCUCAACUCUCCGAGAAUUAUGAGUGAAGAAUUAAAAUCGAAAGUGAUUGCUAUGAGUCAAACAAACAAAGCAUUUAUGAUCUCUGCAAUUUCUAUUUCUGUUGUCUCAUUGAUUUUUGGUGAAGCAUCCUUAUUUAUUGAAACUUUGAGCACACUUUAGUACCAGUCAUAUCUUAAAUUCAUUAAUCUUGAUUAUCCGGAAAACUUAUAUAUUUAUUUUUAAACUUCUGAAAUGUUAUCAUUAUCAAACUAUUUAUAGAGUUUGUAGAUAGAAUAUGUUUUAGGCAUUAUUACAAAAAAAGAAGAUAAUUAAAUAAGUACUACUGGAAAGUUUGCAUUAUAUGA